GCCAAGAGAAAAAGAUGAAAAUUCUACCACUGCUGGUGUGCAUCUGUGCACUGAGUGCUUGCUUCUCACUUGGUGAAAGUCGAAAAAAGCAAUGGAAACCAUAUCACAAAAAGAAGAAUGUUCAGCGAUAUGUAUUUGACCACCGAUUUCCAUUUCAUCCAAAAUUUCCACCUCACUGGAAACUAUUACUUCAAAAGCAUCACCAUUUUAAUCAACCCAUACAACAAAAGCCUAAAAAUUUAAAGAGAGGAAACUCAUUGUCAAAAUAUCCCUGCUUACUUAAGUGUCCAGUUAAAAAUAACACUGUGAUCAACAAUAAUGCCUCAGAGACUACUAUUCAAACCCUAUCUAUGAGUCCCACAUCUGCUUCCACCAAAAUUGCUCUCUUCCCAGAUGUGACUCCUCUUGUUCAGAAUGCUACCACCACAUCUGCAAGGGAAGAUUAUGUCACUACACACUCUUCUGCAGGUACACCAUCACCACAACCUUCCUCAAUUCGGCCAGAGACCACAGCUGCCCCACCCACCUCUUCCCCAGCUCCACCAGAGCCCACAGCCGUCCCACCUACAUCUUCCCCCGUUCUGCCAGAGACCACAGCUGCCCCACAUACAUCUUCCCGAGUUCUGCCAGAGACCACAGCCGUCCCACCUACAUCUCCCCAAGCUCUGCCAGAGACCACACCCGUCCCACAUACAUCUUCCCGAGUUCUGCCAGAGACCACAGCCGUCCCACCUACAUCUCCCCAAGCUCUGCCAGAGACCACACCCGUCCCACAUACAUCUUCCCGAGUUCUGCCAGAGACCACAGCCGUCCCACCUACAUCUCCCCAAGCUCUGCCAGAGACCACCCCACCCACAUCUUCUCCAGCUUCACCAGAGACCACAGCCACCCCAUCUACAUCUUCAGCACCUCAACCAGAGACCACAGCUGCCCCACCUACAUCUUCCCCAGCUCCACCAGAGAACACAGUCACUCCACCUACACCUUCCCCAGUUCCACAAGAGACCACAGCUGCCUCACCUACAUCUUCUGCAGCUCCACCAGAGACCAUCCCACCUACAUCUUCCCCAGCUCCACCAGAGACCACAGCUGCCCCAAAUAUCACAGCUCAUCCUUCCCCAACUACUCUUGCAUCUGAAACUUCCAAAAUUAUAGCUGCAGCCAUAAUCCAAUCUAUGACUCCAGCCACCAUUCAAACUACUACUGUUGAACAACCAACUUUAUCUUUUCUGCAAAAGGCAUAUAUUGAUAUGUGGCAAUAUAUUUUUAACAUAAUAGAGCAGAUUUGGAAUGUUAGACCAAACCAAUAGCACAUCAUCAUUGUAAAGUGUUCUGUUACUAUAUAUGAUUUAAGAGUGCAGACUACCACCUUUACUUUUACCACCAAUCUCAAAAUGAAAUUAUACUAUUCCCCAAAUUUAAAGCCCUAUCAACCAAUCUUUGAAUCUAACUAUUCACCUCACAUGACCUAUUAACAAGAAAAACCACUUCUAUUCCAUAAACCUCUGUGAAUCAAAGGAAGACAUGGUGGUUAUUAUAUUUUACCAUUAAUUCAAUUUACUGCUAAUUCAAACAAUUCACAUUAAUUCAGUAUGAAAUGUAUUCAACAGUGGAAUAUUUUCUAAAAAUUGUAGCUAUAUUUUUUAAUAUGUUCUAAAGCAAACCAUAUCAAACUACUACCCUAAUGUCAAGUUUGCAAAACUGCCUCUGAAAAUAAACCUUCUAGUCAGUAGAAGAAUAAAAACUUUCUAUUUGUUAUAUAGAGAUAAUAUUAAUUUGGGGUGUGGAGGUAUUUUUAUUUUCAGUCACUACUACUAAGAAUUCUGAUGAUUGUAUUUAGAUUUUUAGCCAAUUAAUAAAGACUUCACAUGGCAAUCUA